AUGGAUGAAAAGUUGCUUCUGUCGAUCAUUUAUAUUGAUUUGGCUUUGUCAUCAAUGAAGAUAAGGAGAAUAAACUUAUAAUUGAUUGGAGUUACAUCCUUAAAGUUAGCUGAGUAUUAUGUCUAAGGAAUACUUAAGUAAGAGAAUUGUAAUGCAUACGCUUAUAUUACUGCUGAUGAAUACAAUGAAAAACAAAUCAUUAAUAUGGAAUAGCAAAUUCUUUGA